ACCAUUCGGGCUGAGUCCUCACAUAAAAUACCGAAUUGACUGGUACAACACGCCUCUACUCACACUGUCGAGAUAUACAGUACCUACGACCACCAAAUAAUGCAUCAAAAGGUUAAAGAGAAUCUAAUAGAUGGGCAUUGUGGCAAAGCAAGUAAAGCGAGUGAUACAAGACUUCGGCUUUGUAUCCGCUACGAACAAUAAUAGGAUUGUAGUUGACAAUAUGAACAUAGAAUUCCUUUGUUUGCCAGUUCACUCGUCAUCAGAGUAUAUAGUCGCGCUCGCAUCCGCAUAGUCAUCUGAAGUAAUUUCGAUCACUUGGUCAGGUAACUCUCCCUAGAACAGGUUGAUCCGAAGCCCAACAUGCACUGGAACUAUUACUACCACUUAAUCGUAGAACCCGACUCAUGGCUUUAUGGCCGAAUCUCUAUACCGGCGAUACCUCCCUUCGAUAUCAUGCACAUUCCCGCGCUCGUCGUUGCCUUCAUGAUGACAUUCGGCGGAAUCAAUGGCUUGCUUGAUGCAAAUCGGACCAUGCGUAACUUCGGUUUGCCUCAUCAUAUCGCGAGUAGCCACAGCGCAGCGUCCGUAUUCCGAAUCAGCUGCGCGCGCACGACGGUCAUUGGCCUCUUAUUGUUCUACUUCUACUUAAGCCACCAGCUUGCAGUCGUUGACACCAUAUUGACAUUCACUGGUGCCUAUUGUGGUUUAAUAGACAGCAACAUCUUAUUGAUGGAGGAAAACGCUGGAGAUGCAAUGUUCCGGUUAUUCGGCUCAUGGAUAGUUGCGGCUUGGGGAUAUUACGGACUAACUACCGAGCAGGUGAGGUUUAUUUGAAGUAUUCUGGGUGCCUUCAUAUACAUGGAAUAAGUUAUUUCCUACAAGAAGAUUUCUUAGUACGUACUUGUUUAUAGCACAUCGUUGUUUUGAAAA